AUAGCACCAUAUUAAGAAACCUAACUUUUUCGAGUAAUAUUUAUUUACGUAAGUAAUGUAUGUAUCGUAAAUAAAUCAAUAUCGUAAAUAAUUAUUACUCUAUUGUCAGUGACCAAGAAAGCUUAAAACGACCUAAUGUUUUUUCACAGGAGUACCUACUUGCUGACCGAAACAUGUCUAUCAUGCCUGUAGCAGUAUCACUUAUGGCAUCAUUCAUGUCCGCCAUCACAUUACUGGGAGUGUCCGCUGAAAACUAUUAUUAUGGCAUGCAAUUCUACGUCAUCAAUAUUGCAUAUGGAAUAGCAACACCGAUCGCCAGUAGACUCUACCUGCCAGUAUUUUUCGGGUUACAGAAGACUAGUACUUAUGAAUAUUUAGAACUGAGAUUUGGGCCCAAACUGAGAAUGCUCGCCUCAUUAACUUAUACGUUACAAAUGGUGCUUUACAAUGGUAUCGUUUUAUAUGCACCAGCUAUUGUUUUGGAAUCAGUAACUGGUCUAGAUAGAUUGAUAUCAAUAUUAGUUGUGGGUUUAGCUUGUACCUUUUAUUCGACGUUAGGAGGAAUGAAAGCUGUUUUAUUUACCGAUUUACUGCAAUCAUUGUUGAUGUUUGGAGCCGUAUUCAGUAUAGUUAUAUUCAGUUCGAUACAGCUUGGUGGCUUCGAAAUGAUUUUCGUCAAAGCUAAAGAAGGCGGAAGACUUAAUUUUGCAAAUUUCAGCGUUGAUCCUACGGAGAGACACACAUGGUGGUCAUUGAUCAUCGGUGGCUUAAUCACCUACUUAUCAUUAUAUGCCGUCAACCAUACUCAGGUUCAACGCUUACUGACUGUUAGUACAUUGGCACGAUCUCAAAUGUGUUUGUGGUGGAGCUGGCCUGUGCUGUCCCUCCUCAGCACCAUCACAUGUAUCAGCGGACUUGGCAUCUACGCUGUCUACAAAGAUUGUGAUCCCUUCAUUAGCAACAAAAUUUCUGCUAUAGACCAACUGAUGCCUUACUACGUCGUGGACGCAAUGAGGUUCGUACCCGGACUAGCUGGGUUGUUCGUCGCGGGAAUCUUUAGUGCCUCACUAUCUACUAUAUCCGCUGCUUGCAAUGCUCUGGCAGCUGUUACGCUCACCGAUUACGUUGGCAGAUGGUGCAAGUUAUCUCCUUCCCACGUUCCUUGGUUGACGAAACUGGCGGCAUGCGCUUACGGCUUACUGUUCUUAGCGCUGGCAUUCAUAGCGGAACACUUGGGAGGUGUACUGCAAGCCGCUUUAACUAUAUUCGGAGCAGUCGGUGGACCUUUGCUAGGGGUUUUCACUUUGGGAAUGUUCACUACAUAUGCCAAUGAAAGGGGAGUUUCCAUAGGUCUUCUGAGCGGUAUGGCGAUGACAUUGUGGAUGAGUUUCGGUACACCAAGACCGCCACCAGUAAAAUUGCCGCUGAACGUGGAAGGCUGUCUAAAUAAUAUCACCAUACCUGUGCCACCAGCUACGGACCCUACAAAUUAUUUCUAUUUGUAUCGGAUAUCUUAUAUGUGGACCAGUCCGGUCGGCUUCUUAUGGGUAAUCAUAGUCGGUUCGGCUAUCUCCCUUCUAUGGCGUCAGCAGCAUCCGUGGCAACGUUUGGGUAAAGAUCAUCCAGAUCCAUCACUAUUCACGCCCCCUCUAGCACGAUUGUUACGGGCUAAGAACGAUACAAAUAAAUCUUCAGUCCAGAUGGAUACAGCCUGUAAAUACUGAUUUGCGUAUUGCUUCGGGUCUGCAUGAAUAAUGCUGGUUUGAUUGCAUGAGUGUGAACUUUUGAAAUGCAACGGUGUCCAAAAUUGAGAAGAUAUCAGUACAGUGCAUUUAGACAAAAUAAUAUAUAUAUAAUUAAAUUAUAAAAGUAACACGUUAUAUUUGACAUUCCUCAUAAAUUAACACGGAAUAAAGUCUCAACGGCGCGGCGCCUCAUAUGUUAGAAUUUAGGAAAUAUUAGUCACAAGUUAUUUGCUAUUAUUAUUUUAUAAAACUGUAAAGAUUAAUAGAGAAAUGUUUUAGACUUAGGACUAGUCUCUCUGUGUGUAUUUAGAAAAAAAUAUAUAAAUGGAGACUUAUAUAAAUAAAUAAUAUAUUAUUAAUGGUAACCGGUUCACUAUUUUGGUAUAUUGUAAAAUUUGAAAUAAGUAAAACAAUUUUACAGAGAAAAUACGAAUGUCCAAUAAAUCUGAUCAUAACUCACUCUGUAACAACGUAUUGAGAGAUAUUUUAAUCAUAAAUAUAAGCCAGUCUGUGAUAGCGCAAUAUAGUUCUUCCACUUUUCAAAUAUUAAGCUCCUUCGUACAACUGACGAUCAAAAGGGUGUAACGAAAGUCUAUUAUGCAUAAUAACUCAUAAAAUAAGUUAAUUUCAAGUUUAAGAGUUGUUUCACGUAAACUCGCACAGAUUUUA